AUGCAGCGAGCUCCCCUGAAAUCUUGGUUUGUUGUGUUAUCUAUGCAUACUGUGUUUUUAGUUUCAGAGAUCUCCAUACUGCUCCUGUGGGAAGAAUUCAAAGCUAGAGUCAGGGGUCCUGAUCAUGGUUGUGCUGUGCCUGACAACUUUGGUUCAUCCAUCACCUUCAUCUCACGUUUACCCAAAGGUGUGUACAACAGAGCGGAGGAACUGAUUCAUCUUUCCCUUAAAAUGGUUAUCUUAUGUAGUUUCUUACACCCUCACCUUACGGAGUGUGUUAAAAAAAGGCUGUGCCCCAAAUUAAUCCGACUUAUUCUAAGCUUAUUUUGAGUUAAAGCAUAUUUAAGCAGAAAAGGGAUUUGAGUAUAUUUAACUGGAUAUUCAGUUAACUGUAUAUCAGGGCAAUUUACACAUUUCUUCAUUCAUGUUAGCAACUAUGUGAGACUUAGGCUCAAUGGUGUUUUUAGCUAGAGGCUAAUGUAGGAAUGUUACCGUGCUGACUAUGACAGAGGUAAUGACAUUACUUUGUAUUGUUUAUUUUAUUGGAUCAGCGUGUUAUUAUGUUACAUUUACUAAGUAGAGACACAGAGUAUCCUAUAGUGAGUGCUAAUAGAAAAGUCUUAAGUUAUGUAGGUAUUUGAUCUUGAAGUUAUGUUGGAGCCACGCGCUCAACCAAAUCGCCACUCUAUAUCCACAAAUAAUGCUCAGAACAGCACCUAACUUCAUCAACAGUACAUAUAGGGUCUCAGCCAUAGUACUAGCCACCAAACAGCUUUUUAACUUUGCCUGAUUUCUUUAGCAAAGAGACUAAACACAACUCACCUACUCUCCUCCAGCAGCCACUUGUUUGUACGGAGACCUCAGGCCAGUCCAUUACCGCAGCGCGGUGAUGCAACUCAAGGAAGAAUAUUUAUGAUCAUUACUUUAUCAUUUCCUUAAAGUAAUAAUCACCAUAUUAAUCAUUUUGCACUGCAGACCUGGUAGCUCUUCUACCUUAGUGUCUUGGUCUGAUUGCAUUUCCAUAAAUGUUCUUCCUUGAGCUGCGUCACCCCGCAGCAGUCCAUAAUGGACUGGCCUGAGGUCUUGCUACAAACAAGCGGCUGCUGGAAGAGAGUAGGUGAGUUGUGUUUAGUCUCUUUGCUAAAAAAAAUUAAGCAAAGCUAUGGCUGGGACCCCUUAUGUUAGGUGAAAAAGUUAGGUGCUGUUCUGAUCAUUAUUUGUGGCUACAGAGUGGCGUUUUUGUUGACCACAUAGCUACUGGGACCGCUGUGUAUUGCUAUCGUGCGGCUGUUACUAAAGUUUGUAUAACUAGAGAAGCAAGCAGUUGGCAACAUUCAUCUCUUGAGGUGGUGUCUAACUUGGUGUUAUGGUGUGUUUGACACUAAAUUAAUUUUAUGCCUGAAUAUCCCUUUAAGUGUGCUCAAACUUCUCUGCCCCGCUGAGCUAACAUAUACAAUAUUACUUAGCUGAAGAUUUAAACUUACCUAUUAUUUUUAGAAAGGUCUGAUGAAGGUUGUAGGAAGAGUUUGUCAAGGUUUUUGUUGUGGGACUUGAGAAAAAAAAAGUUUCGUACAUUGAGGUGAAAAUCCCCUCAAUGAGGACCCCAUUUGAAAUUACAAAGUGGUGCUCUUUUUCUCCAUGUUCAUACACAAGGCUCCUGCAACAUACACAUUUUUACUGAACAAAGACCAACUAAAGAACAAACCAGUCAAUAUUGCUGUUCAUAGAACCUCAGUCACGGCCACUAAUGACCGCAGAUAACACAUAAGAUAGAAAACAGCUGAAACUACUCCAUUUAGUUUAUAGUUUCUUUAAAAUGUUGAUUCAUCUCUCUUCCUCUCAGGGUGCAGAUAUGUGGCAUUGGACAAGAGAAGUCACGGCCUGUUCUCCCAUCAUCCCCUCCCUGUGUUUGUGGAAGAUGUUCUCAGAGUUAUUGCCGUGUGGGUGUGGAGACAGAAUGAAGUGAACUGGUCCAGCCUCUGCAGUGAGUCCCUCAUCUCAACUCUUGGUGACAUUCAACCAAAUAGAUGUUAA